AGCGCGGGCUCCCAGCUCUCGACGGCUGGCUUGGCCAACGGCGCGGGCACACGCUCCGGACCAGCAAACAUAGAGGGGGAAGGCCCGCUGGGCCCACGCGGCCCAGAGUCCUCGGCGCGGUCCUCUGCCUGGAAGCCGGGUCCCUAGAGAGCUGCCGGGACUGAUCUUCGAGGGCGGUCUGGUGGAGCGGGGCCUCCCCCGGGGCUGAUGAGUUUCCUGCGGUCCCGGCGCUGUCCUGGGUGAGCCAGAGGCCCCGGCCCCGCGGGGACCAUGCCAGAGAUGCUCCUGCUCAGGUCUGCCGGCUCCGUCCUGAGGACCGUGUUCUUAAGCAGACUGCCUCCAGGUGGGCCUGGGUGUGUUCGCAAACUUAGUUUGAACCUGCAGUACCAGCAAGAAGUAAGACCGAGUGUGACAAACAGCUCUCCGAGUGAUGGGCAGGCGCUCUCCAAAGAGUCCCUCGGCCAUGCUCUCCCGCUCUCGUCCCUGGAGGAGGCGAGGGGUGCCCAGCUGGAUUGCUCAGAGGAGCCGCUGUGGACCACCCGGGCCGACGGACGCGUCCACCUGCGUGUCCACCCCACCUGCCCACAGCCGCCCUACACCGUGCACCAGAUGUUCCACGAGGCCCUGGACAAGUACAGGGACCUCAGCGCCCUGGGCUUCAAGCGCCAGGGCGUGUGGGAGCACAUCUCUUACUCCCAGUACUACCUGCUGGCCCGGAGAACCGCCAAGGGCUUCUUGAAGCUCGGCCUGGAGCGGGCCCACAGCGUGGCCAUCCUUGGCUUCAACUCCCCGGAGUGGUUCUUCUCGGCGGUGGGCACGGUGUUUGCAGGGGGCGUCGUCACCGGCAUCUACACCACCAGCUCCCCGGAGGCCUGUCAGUACAUCGCCCAUGACUCCCGUGCCAACAUCAUCGUGGUCGACACACAGAAGCAGCUGGAAAAGAUCUUGAAGAUCUGGAAAAACCUGCCACAUCUGAAGGCCGUGGUGACAUACGGAGAGGCCCCUGCAAGGAAGAUGGCCCGCGUGUACACGAUGGACGAAGCCAUGGGGCUGGGGGACGAGCUGCCGGAGGAGACCCUGGACGCCGUCAUCAGUGCCCAGCAGCCCAACCAGUGCUGUGUGCUGAUCUACACCUCGGGCACCACCGGGAGCCCCAAGGGCGUGAUGCUGAGUCAGGACAACAUCACGUGGACGGCGCGGCACUGCAGCCAGGCCGGUGGCAUCCAGGCGGCGGAAGUCCAGCAGGAGGUGGUGGUCAGCUACCUGCCCCUCAGCCACAUCGCCGCGCAGAUCUACGACUUGUGGACGGGCAUCCAGUGGGGGGCGCACAUCUGCUUCGCCGAGCCUGACGCCCUGCAGGGGAGCCUGGUGAACACGCUGCGGGAGGUGGAGCCCACGUCCCACCUGGGGGUGCCUCGGGUGUGGGAGAAGAUAAUGGAACGCAUCCAGGAGGUGGGGGCUGGGUCCGGCUUCAUCCGGCGCAAGAUGCUGCUGUGGGCCAUGUCGGUGACCCUGGAGCAGAACGUGACGUGCCCCAGCAGGUGGCCAGGCCGCCGUGCGCCCACCAAAUACUCACCUUUUUCAUGUGAGCGUGUGGUUCUUCCUGUGGACCGUUCUCCUUCCCCCACCAGAGACCUGAAGUCCUUCAAGGCCAGGCUGGCAGAUUUCCUGGUGCUGGCCAAGGUCCGCCAGGCGCUGGGCUUUGCCAGAUGUCGGAAGAACUUCUACGGAGCAGCCCCCUUGACCACAGAGACACAGCAGUUCUUCCUGGGCCUCAACAUCCACUUAUAUGGUGGCUACGGCCUCAGCGAGACCUCAGGGCCCCACUUCAUAUCCAACCUCUCCAACUACCGCCCCGGCAGCUCCGGCAAGGCGGUGCCAGGCUGCCUGGUGAAGCUGGUGAACGAGGACGCGGAGGGCAUCGGGGAGAUCUGUCUGUGGGGCCGCAACAUCUUCAUGGGCUACCUAAACAUGGAGGACAAAACGACUGAGGCCAUCGACGCCGAGGGCUGGCUGCACACAGGCGACACCGGGCGGCUGGACGAGGACGGCUUCCUCUUCAUUACCGGACGCCUCAAAGAGAUAAUCAUCACAGCCGGAGGGGAGAACGUGCCCCCUGUGCCCAUCGAGGAUGCCGUGAAGAUGGAGCUGCCCAUCGUCAGCAACGCCAUGCUCAUCGGGGACCAGAGGAAGUUCCUGUCCAUGCUGCUCACCUUGAAGUGCACGCUGGACCCAGACGCCUGUCACCCAACGGACCACCUGACCGAACCAGCCGUGGAGUUCUGCCGGCGGGUGGGGAGCAGCGCCACCACCGUGUCUGAGAUCGUGGGGAGGAGGGACGAGGCCGUGUACCGGGCCAUUGAAGAAGGGAUUCAGAGAGUCAACAGGAAGGCAGCCGCCCAACCCUACCACAUCCAGAAGUGGGCCAUUCUCCAGAAGGACUUCUCCGUGGCAGGGGGAGAGCUGGGUCCCACGUUGAAACUGAGACGGCUCACAGUCCUGGACAAGUACAAAGACGUCAUCGAUUCCUUUUACCAGGAGCAGAAAAAGUGACAGGGGGACAUCCUCCCAGCCUCUGCCGAAGACGGCAGGCCUCCCGGGGACAUCCUGCGCUCCAGGUCCCCUUCGGUCUGGGAGGUCUCCGGGUCAGGGUGAGGCAGUGACGCUUUGCCGACGGCAGCUGACAAUUCCAGGAAGCUUCGCGUGUGGGUUACUUUUCGUUUUC